AUGGCUGGGAAACGCGAUUCGAUUCAAAAAGUGGUCGGCAGUAUUUCUUUGAUCACAUUUCAAAAACAGCUACAUGGAAUGCUCCCCAAUCGAUUAACACUUUUAGGGUUAAUUGAUGAUAAUUGGAAGUAUAAAGAAUUUUCGGAUCGGGACAGUGAUAAUUUAAAAAAUGGUCUUUUUGUUGCAUUAAAAAAGCUUAACUAUUCAUCAAAAAUCAACGAUCAAUUCUUAAAUGAAAAAAUUGAAAUUAGAUAUGGGCUAUGCGAAUGA